CCCCUCCUCACCUCACUGACCCAUGAAAGAAGCCAUGCCGGUGCUCACAGCAGGAGCAGGGCUACAUGAAACUUUGGCCCUGCUGACCUCUCAGCUGCGGCCUGAUGCCAACCACAAAGAGGACAUGAUGUUCCUCAAAGACGUCUUCAGUGAGAGGAGCCUAGGAUACCUCAUGAAGAUCCAUGAGAAGCUGAGACAGUAUGAGAGACAGAGUCCAACACCUGUCCUCCACAGUGCCUCUUCUCUGGCAGAGGAUGUAAGCUCAUCACACAAUUGGCAGGUGGCAGAGGAGCUGCAGAGUGGGCCAAUGAGCACUGAGGAGAAGGAGCUGCUGCACCUACUGACGUCACCGCAUCUCAAGGCUGUUCUCUCAGUGCACGACACUGUGGCUCAGAAGAACUUUGACCCGGUGCUGCCGCCGCUGCCGGAUGACUUUGAGGACGAGCUAGAGGAGGAGUCGGUGAAGAUUGUCAGGCUGGUGAAGAACAAGGAGCCACUGGGAGCCACCAUCAGGCGGGACGAAGCCACUGGGGCUGUGAUCGUAGCUCGGAUCAUGAGAGGAGGUGCAGCUGAUCGAAGCGGAUUGGUCCAUGUCGGAGAUGAACUCAGGGAGGUCAACGGGGUCUCUGUGAUCCACAAGAGACCUGAUGAGAUCAGUCAGCUGCUGUCCCAGUCCCAGGGCUCCAUCACUCUAAAGAUAAUCCCUGCCAUUAAGGAAGAGGACCGACUGAAGGAGAGCAAGGUGUAUAUGAGAGCCUUGUUUGACUACAUCCCGUUGGAGGACAAGGCCACGCCCUGCCAAGAGGCCGGUCUUCCCUUCAAACGGGGAGACAUCCUGCAGGUCGUGACCCAGGACGACCCCACGUGGUGGCAGGCCAAACGUGUGGGAGACAGCAACCUGCGGGCCGGACUCAUCCCCUCCAAACAGUUCCAGGAGAGGCGACUGGCCUACAGGAUGAAAAUGGGCACACUCCCGAAUCCAAAAUCCCCUAAAAAGCCUGUCUAUGACCAAGGAUGUGAGAAAGAGGACUGUGACUGUGAGGGCUAUUUCAAUGGACAGUACAUAGCUGGUUUAAGGAGGAGUUUCCGGCUGAGUCGUAAGGACAGGCAAGGAUCAUCCGGAGAGGGCUCUGAUCCUGGAGACUCUGAGUUCCUGACUUAUGAGGAGGUGACCCGAUACCAGCAAAGGCCCAGUGAGAGGCCUCGCCUGGUGGUUCUGAUAGGUUCUCUCGGGGCACGAAUCAAUGAACUCAAACAGCGGGUGAUUGCUGAAAACCCACAUCGUUAUGCCGUAGCUGUACCUCACACCACCAGGCCCAAAAAACCUCAUGAGAAGGAAGGGGUGGAGUACCACUUUGUCACAAAACAGCAAUUUGAUGCAGAUGCUUUGAAUAAUAAGUUCAUAGAGCACGGUGAAUACAAGGAGAACCAGUAUGGCACCAGUAUAGAGGCAAUCCGUUCUGUACAGGCCAAGAAUAAGAUGUGUAUAGUGGAUGUGCAGCCUGAGGCCCUGAAGAGGCUGCGGACGGCAGAGUUCAAGCCCUAUGUAAUAUUUGUCAAACCUCGGGUUCCUGAGAGCAGACGACGCCGCAGUGCCGCCACCUCGCCAGGAGGGGGAGAGCAUGGCCGCGUUACAGACGAGGACCUGCAGGAGAUGCGUCAGUCUGCGAUUCAGAUCGAUCAGCAGUAUGGACACCUGGUGGACCGGGUCCUGAUUAAGGAGGACUCAGCCAGUGCCUGUGCAGAACUGCGAGGUAUUUUGGAAAGGCUGGAACGGGAAUCUUUCUGGGUGCCUCUCAGCUGGGUGCGGACCUAAACUUAACCCCCCACCCCCCAACCCCACUUGCAUCUUCUGGAGAAGGAACUUCACACCCCACCCACCCUAAUCCUGCACCAGUCCAGUCCAGUCCUGACGCAGGGCUGGUCAGAUGGUCAUAAACUGAAAGCCAAAGGGAUAGGAUGACCUCAUUGUCUGGGGUGUUGCCGCAGAUGGACAGCUCUUUUGGCCAAAGGCCAGUUUAAUGUCCAAAAAUCACAGUCUUACUGUCAACUUCCUCAAAGGAUCACUCCUUCCUCAUGUCAUAUUUAUUCAGGUUUGCUUUGAAUUUAUUUGACUUCAAAGACAGGGAACAUAAGCAGGUUUGUAGUUCAGGAGGUGUUAUAUUCCUCACACUGUCACUCUCUUUAGCUGCACUGGAGCGUGUCAGGGUUUGGGAUCCCACUCACAGGACUGCUCAGUCAGUCAGCUUUAUUGUGACUCCUGUUGGAGUACCUUUAGUAGCAUGUUUUGUUUUGUUUUUUUUACGUUUUACAGUUUAAUUCAACUUGAUGCCAAUUGCAAAAUGUUAAUUCUUACUGCUCAUGCAUCCUGUACAGUAUAAGAACCAGUCAUACAUUCAACAGGAGAAUUUAAGAUAUGAAUUUUAGGGAAUGCUGUUCAAAACUAAUGUUCUUUUUUUUUUUCAAACCAUUAAAAUAAGUUCCACACAUGGACAGAAACAAAACAAAGAGAUAUCCAAAUGGAAUGUGAGAAUUUUAUUUUCUACAGAACUGUUUUGUUUUUAAGAAACGCAUGACAACUGAUUAUUUAAUCUCAGAUGUAAAUAUUGUAAAUGUUACUCCUCGUGUGCCAACGAAAGAUCUCGUAGCACUUCAAUGCAACCUGUUUACCUUCAGUCCUGUGUGUAAAAUAAUGCUGUGCACAAAGUCUGCGUGGAUGGAUGUCACAGUGUAUGUACACAUACACCCACAUGUAAUGCUACAUUUACAUAUAAGAAUGGGUUUUGUACAGUUUCCUUUGACCUGUGUUUUGUUUUAGACAGAAGAAGUUGUUACCAGAUGUGUUUUGAGAAUCAGGGUUUGUGUUGUCAAACUGGAGAUUUAUCAAGUAUUUGCAUCGCUCACUAUUUUGUGAUUUUAUAAAAAAAUAUAUAUUUGGCCAAUUAGUAACUGAUUGUUAGUUUGAGUCCAUUUCAAAUUAAAAGCCUAGCAUUGAGAGUAAACAUAAUACGAUCUAGCAUUAACUGUGGCAAAAUACUUGAGAUUACAGAACAGGUUUACAUUUUAUUCAUGCCCUGUAUGCACAAUGAAAGAGUUUUUGGUUGUACCUUGUUGUACCUUUUCUUGACACUGUGGAAAAAAAUCCCUUCCUGACAGAUUUAUUAAAAUCACUUUAGGGAGGAGUCUUUCACAAAGAGUGUGGAGAGGAGGAAUGAUGACAGAACAGCAAUCAAAGCUCUUUCUUUGGCAUGUGAGUAUCAUGAUUUUCUUCAUAAUGACACAAAUCAAAUCAUAGGAAACCAAUGAGGAAGUACAGGCUCACAUCAUGGGUGAUUUAUACAGGUUGACUAAAUUUCAGAUAAA